AUGAGCAGGCCCCAGGCGCAGAAGGGAAACCACCAACUGCCCCUUCACCUGCAACAGAGCCGUCAGUGUACGUCCAUGCAAAUACUCCAGGCGCACGACGCGAUGUCGCUCAAAAAGCCUCCGGUCCGUCGAGCAUCUGCAUCAGCUAUCCGCGAUCACAACAGCGUGAAGGCGGCGUGCGCGACGGAAGUGGCGACGGCGGAGACCUUUCAGAGUAAUAGCCAGAGCGCGUGUCUGAGUGACUUUGACACAAAAAAACUGGCUCAUGUGGAAGAAAAGGUCACCGGAAGCUGCACGCACUGCCUGCUGCUGGCUUGGCACCCCCAUCGCCUUUUACGCACAGUCGAGACAGCAGCAACAGCAGCAGCUCACCGUGUGGACUGCUGGCCCCUCCGCUCCCAAAACCUUCACCGAGGAGCCUCAAGCAGCACCGGGGGAAGCGACACGACACCCCACUGCACACUCCGAUGGAUUAAUCUGAGUCAGCAGCGACGGUCGAGAAUGGGCUGCGUCCAAUGUAAGGAUAAGGAAGCAGCCAAACUCACGGACGACAGGGAGACCAGCCUGUCCCACAACUCGGGCUACCGCUAUGGCUCGGAGCCCACGCCCCAGCACUACCCGGGCUUCGGGGUCACCACCAUCCCCAACUACAACAACUUCCACACGGGCGCCUCCCAAGGGGUCACCGUGUUCGGAGGGGUGCACAGCUCGUCGCAGUCCGGGACGUUACGGUCGCGCGGAGGGACCGGAGUGACCCUGUUUGUGGCUCUGUACGAUUACGAGGCUCGCACUGAAGAUGACCUCACCUUCAGGAAGGGCGAGCGCUUCCAGAUCCUCAACAGCACGGAGGGGGACUGGUGGGAGGCGCGCUCUCUCACCACAGGAGGCACCGGCUACAUCCCCAGUAACUACGUGGCCCCCGUGGACUCCAUCCAGGCGGAGGACUGGUACUUUGGAAAACUGGGCCGGAAGGAUGCAGAGAGGCAGCUCCUGUCCAACGGCAACGCUCGGGGCACCUUCCUGAUCCGAGAGAGCGAGACCACCAAAGGGGCCUACUCUCUGUCCAUCCAAGACUGGGACGACAUCAAAGGAGACCACGUGAAGCAUUACAAAAUCCGCAAGCUGGACAACGGAGGCUACUACAUCACCACCAGAGCCCAGUUUGAGACCCUGCAGCAGCUGGUGCAGCACUACUCCGCCCGGGCCGCGGGGCUGUGCUGCAGACUCAUCGUCCCCUGUAACAAAGGCAUGCCCCGCCUCACUGACCUGUCCGUCAAAACCAAAGACGUGUGGGAGAUCCCUCGCGAGUCUCUGCAGCUCAUCAAGCGACUCGGCAACGGCCAGUUUGGAGAAGUCUGGAUGGGCACGUGGAACGGCACGACCAAAGUGGCGGUGAAGACGCUGAAGCCGGGCACCAUGUCUCCGGAGUCCUUCCUGGAGGAGGCGCAGAUCAUGAAGAAGCUGCGGCACGACAAACUGGUGCAGCUCUACGCCGUGGUGUCGGAGGAGCCCAUCUACAUCGUCACAGAAUAUAUGAGCAAAGGAAGUUUGCUGGACUUCUUGAAGGACGGAGAGGGACGGGGACUCAAGCUUCCAAACCUGGUGGACAUGGCCGCUCAGGUGGCGGCGGGCAUGGCCUACAUCGAGAGAAUGAACUACAUCCACAGAGACCUGCGCUCGGCCAACAUCCUGGUGGGGGACAGCCUGGUGUGCAAGAUCGCAGACUUCGGACUGGCCCGGCUCAUCGAGGACAACGAGUACACCGCCAGACAGGGAGCUAAGUUUCCCAUCAAGUGGACGGCCCCGGAGGCUGCGCUCUACGGGAAGUUCACCAUCAAGUCGGACGUGUGGUCGUUCGGGAUCCUGCUGACGGAGCUGGUGACCAAAGGACGAGUGCCCUAUCCAGGCAUGAACAACCGGGAGGUGCUGGAGCAGGUGGAGAGGGGCUACCGCAUGCCGUGCCCCCAGGACUGCCCCCCGUCGCUGCACGAGCUCAUGGUGCAGUGCUGGAAGAAGGACCCCGAGGAGAGGCCCACCUUCGAGUACCUGCAGGCCUUUCUGGAGGACUACUUCACUGCCACGGAGCCUCAGUACCAGCCGGGGGACAACCUCUGA